AUGGCCACGGCGCGUGUGCGCCGCGCAUUCCGCUAUACGACCGACGACGACGACGCCGCUCACUUGGACGAGCCGGAAGUCCUCGAUGAGGAGGAACAAGAUACGCUCAUUCAGUCGCUCGUCGAACAGAACCAGAAGCGCAACGAGCAGUUUCGCCAGGUGCUGUUGGCCAUCCCGGCCCUUGCAGUGGUCCCCUUUCUGAUUGCUUGCUUCACAUCGUCGUCUCCCUCGACGGCCAUUGUAUCAAUGCUGGGCAUCUCAUCGCUUGGCGCCACGGCGUUUCUUGUGCACCAGCAGUCGCCCACCAAGACGGGCAUCCGCGUACUGGACGCGUGGAGCGGUGCCGACAUCAAAGGCAAAGGCCGCGAGACUUCGGGCGCGCCGCUUCGCCUGUCGGACUGGUCAGGCGCCGGCGGCCGGCCACCGCCACUGGAGGUGUACCUGCCCUUUUUAAAUCUGGGUCUGUGUGCCGUGCUGCUGCUCUCUCUGUUCGUGUCCAGAGGAGCACCAUCCAGCACGCCAUAUCGGCUGCUGGGCAGUUUGCCUGCAGCCGUCUAUGGCGUGGUGCUAGUCUCCAAGGUGACCAUGGCCGGUGUGGACCCCGAGCGGGAGCUGGGCCGGUUGCGGUACGAGUACAAGGGCGCGUGA